AUGGUGUCUGGAGAUCUCGCGCUGAAUAAGAAAUGCACCGUAAAGCCGACACGUGCCAGACACGCAGCAGCAGCACCGCCGACCCAAAAACCCGCACCAAGAGUCCAAUGUGCCUCCUGGUGUGAGAGGAGGAAACGAGACCUUCCAGGUCAAAAAGUCAGUAGAUUCUCUUAUGCAAACCAAAAAAGCAGUACUGUUAUACCAAGAACUUCAACCACUUUAGCUCCUGCAUCUGCUACACCAUCACCAGCUAUAUCAAGAGCACCCCUUGUCCCAGCAGCUACAGCUUUGUCAAGUUUCCCCUUGGUGAAAAGUGUCCAACAAACAUCAUUGUCUCAAAUCCCUAGAACUAUGUCCAGCCCAAAGCUCAGCGCCAGUCCCAGUCCAACAAUUGCAGUGGACAGACCUGAACCAUUCUGUAAGGGGAGAAGCAAAGAGAUGGUGCCAUUACUCAUACACCGUCUUAAAUCUAAUGACGACAGGUUGUGUGUGAUGGAAGAUAAUCAAAUGGUCCAAAGUGUGCAGCAAAUGGAGACAAAAGAAAGCAAGAUAGAAAUAUUUCAGAGGGAUAAAGAUGAAGAGAAAAACAGAUCGUGGACAGAAGAAGAAGGUAUGCUUAAAGACAUACAAGUGGGAUGGACUCUCAAAGGGAGUGACAUCACUCUUCAGACGGCAUCUAAACGUUCCCUUUUUCCUCCAGAGAUAACGACCACCUCUGCAUCGCAGGUGGAGGAGACAGCAGGCAAGGGGGAAAGAAAAGAAAAGAAACUGAACCAGAUCAACAGUUUCAAAGAUGCAGCAACAAUGACUGAGGAGAACCCUGAUCCUGUCCAAAGACUUGAUGCUGCCACGCAGACAGAGCUCAUGUAUAAGGAUACUGAAGUUCAGGCUGUUGCUGAGGGCAACAACAAGUCCACCUCCAUGAGUCCAAACAUGACGUGCCCAUCCUGGAACCAAAUGGAUCCUAUAACUAACCUCAGAAACCAUGAGAAUGUUUCUGGAAAUGCCAGUACGAGCAUACAAAAUGGACUUGAACAAGUUGUAAGCUUAGAUUCAGGUUUAGCUCCAAUAAACUUUGCAUCAGCGGGAUCCAUGGUUAAAAGUAUGAACCCAACUCCUUACCAGUCUUCCAUAUCCUUUAAACCUGCUCUGCAACAUAUCUGUGAAAUUCAGAUCGAAUUGCGCAGCCAGUCUACUCUGUCUGACAGUCUGGCUUUGCCAGAGGAAGAGGAGUCUCGACCUUCUUCAACAAGGUCUGGCUAUGAAAGGGAACCCAAAGAAGUGGACAGAGAAGAAGACCAAGCAGUGACUGGUCCACUUCCAGAGGUAGCGUGGGAUGAGCAAGGCAUGACGUGGGAGGUAUAUGGAGCAGCUGUGGAUAUGGAGUCUCUUGGCUUUGCCAUUCAGAACCACCUCCAGCACAAAAUCCAAGAACACGAGCAGCGCAUCGGUCACCUCCGCAAGUCUAUCUCACUCUCUGAGUACUCAAACAGUGAUGGGAAAAGAGGAAGUAAGAACAAGAAGAAAAGGACUGUCUUCCGGUCCAUAUUCCAAACAUCUACUUGUUGCUUAAAGACCAAAUCUGAAGCCUAAAUGAUUAAACGUUUGUAUAUGCGGUGGUGUACUUUUUGUUGCAAGUUCAGACCACAGCAACUAAAUGGAAUGGUCUGAAUUUAUAGGAGAACUUUGAGAAGGUUCUGGUUAGCUGUUUUUUGUUGGACUCUUACAUAAUCAUGGUAGAGACAAUACAGGGACGUGUGUUAUGUAGAGUAUGGUGAAACGUUUAGAUGGAUUUAUGGGUAACUAGGUUUCCGUAUUGGGGCAACAUUGGCAAGUUCAUAUCAUGAUGAUCCCCCUACCAUCUGUGGUCUGGAGUAUAAAAGAGAAAAUUGGGUGGUAUUUGGCAAACUUUCUCAUGGUAUUGUAUUGUAGCACUUUGUUCUAAGCACUCACACUGUAUGAAAGGGGCUUUUUACACCCGGUCACUUUUUGUGUUUUCUGUGAUCCGAUAGCUAUCCGAUGAUAAAAGGACCAGGUCUAAAUGCCCUCUGAAACGUUUUGG